UAAAUAAAAGAAAUCGUAAAUAUGUCUGGAAGAGGCAAAGGCGCCAGCAAGGCCCGCGCGAAAGCUAGGACCCGUAGCAACCGGGCAGGUCUCCAGUUCCCGGUCGGUCGAGUCCACCGUCUUCUCCGCAGAGGCAACUACGCAGAGCGUGUUGGUGCCGGUGCUCCAGUCUACUUGGCCGCCGUGCUGGAAUAUCUCACCGCCGAGAUCCUCGAGUUGGCUGGUAACGCCGCCCGGGACAACAAGAAGACUCGCAUCAUUCCUCGCCACCUUCAGUUGGCGGUACGCAACGACGAAGAGCUGAAUAAACUUCUUGGCGGCGUCACCAUCGCCCAGGGCGGUGUCCUGCCCAACAUCCAGGCCGUCCUGCUGCCUAAGAAGACUGGACAGUCUGCUCCGAGCUCCGGCAAGG